AGGAGCUGAUCAAGCAGCAUCAUGGCCCCAAUUUUGGUGUCGGUAUCUACUCCCUCUCGGGGUCAAUUUUUCGCUUCUUCUUCAUGGACCCUUCUUCCCCAUCCCACAUUCAAUAGCGCCCCAACAAGUUCUUUCAAUGGCAGAACCACUCAAACGAGGCUCACACCUCCACUUCGAGCUGCCCUCGUGCGCGUCCCGGCGUUGGAAGGAGGUGCCGCCGCCGCUGCCGGAGAGGCCGAGGCUAAAGCCACGACUCGUGUUGCAAAUGCUUCUGUAUAUAGCCCUCAAUUUCUUGCCGCCAAAUAUGGGUCGAACCCAGUCAAGGUUGCGCGAAGGGCCCUGCAAAUUCUGAUUGCGCUGGCUUCGUUUUCGUUGAAACUAUUGUUAGACCAGAGAAAUGGGGUGGUUGAUCGGAAUAAAAGGCGCCGUGCGGCCGAGUUGAAGAACUUGUUCACGAGGCUAGGGCCGACUUUUGUGAAGUUGGGUCAGGGUUUGUCCACAAGGCCUGACAUCUGCCCACCUGAGUAUCUGGAGGAGCUCUCUGAACUUCAAGAUGGUUUGCCUAUGUUUCCUAAUGAUGAAGCCUUCUCGUGCAUUGAGAGGGAAUUAGGAGCAUCUCUGGACUCGCUUUUCUCUGAUAUAUCUCCUUCACCCGUAGCAGCAGCCAGUUUGGGUCAAGUCUACAAAGCACAGCUAAAGUGCUCUGGGAAGCAUGUGGCUGUCAAGGUGCAACGCCCUGGCGUUGAAGAAGUUAUAGGAUUGGACUUCUACCUUAUCAGAGCUCUGGGAUUUCUCCUAAAUGAUUAUGUUGACAUAAUUACCACUGAUGUUAUUGCCCUUAUUGAUGAAUUCGCAUCCAAAGUAUUUCAAGAGCUCAAUUAUGUGCAGGAGGGAAAGAACGCAAACAGGUUUAAAAGAUUGUUUGCUGACAAGGGAGAUAUCUUUGUUCCUGAUAUUUUCUGGGAUUAUACAAGUACCAAAGUACUCACAAUGGAAUGGGUUGAUGGAGUCAAACUAAAUGAGCAAGAGGCCAUUGAGAGACAAGGAUUAAAGUUGCGGGACGUCGUAAACACCGGCAUACAGUGCAGUCUCAGACAGCUACUUGAGUAUGGAUAUUUCCAUGCAGAUCCUCAUCCUGGGAAUCUCUUGGUAACACCUGAGGGGAAGCUUGCCUUUCUUGAUUUUGGGAUGAUGAGUGAAACUCCAGAAGAAGCAAGAUUGGCCAUAAUUGGUCAUAUUGUUCACUUGGUUAACCGGGAUUAUGAAGCUAUGGCACGUGACUACUAUGCACUCAAUUUUUUGUCACCUGAUGUUGAUAUAUCCCCAAUUGUACCAGCACUGAGAGACUUCUUCGACGAUGCACUUAGUUAUAGUGUGCAAGAACUGAACUUCAAGACAGUAGUUGAUGGUUUGGGAAAUGUGAUGUAUCAAUAUCCAUUCAAUGUCCCAGGAUACUAUGCAUUAAUAUUGAGAACUCUCACUGUUCUUGAAGGUCUAGCACUUUAUGCUGAUCCUAAUUUUAAGUUACUAGCAGCUUCAUACCCAUAUUUUGCUAAAAGGCUCCUAACAGAUCCAAAUCCAUAUCUUAGAGAUGCUCUUAUUCAGUUGCUUUUCAAGGACGGGAGGUUCAGAUGGAAUAGGCUUGAAAACCUACUGAUUCAGGGGCGAAAGGACAGAGAUUUUUCUGCCAAAGAGUUCUUACAACCUGUCCUGAAGAUAUUGAUGAUGCCAGACGGUGAACAUCUGAGGACUUUGGUUACCCAAGAGGCUGCUCGUGUAUCUGAAGCUUUUGUUUUAAGCACUAUGUAUGACACAUACAAGUCUAUUCCCAGAUUUAUGAGGUCUCUUGUUUUCAAUGGGAAUGCAAAUGGACCCCUCACGAUAUCUGACACUGAAAUGGAUAGUAUCAUAGAGCUAAGAAACCAAGUUCGUCGGGUAUGGGGACUUCUGUCCUCUGAUGAUAUUGAUCCAUCUUUUUUGCUACCUAUACUAGAGGUCCUUCAACAACAAGAGUCACGCAGAUUUGCAAGGCAUGUUGCUGGUGGGGUCACUCAACGUCUUGCGGCACGCUUUCUGCAGCAAUUACUUCAAGCUCAAAAAACAACUUCAACAUAGAUUUUGUCAUUAGAAACAGCUCUUGGCAGCAAAGGCAUGUAUGUUAUCUAUAUUUUUCUCAACAUUUGAAAUUAAUUUAAUUGAUUGGUUGACCUAUACAAA